UACGACUGUGUCCUUUGAAUCAGCUAACUGAAUGAAUGCCAGUCACCAACUUGCAUCUAGGUUUGUGCAAAUGUGUCUGAUUCUAAGGAAAUCAGUCAGCAUAAUCACUUUGAAAAGAAAACAAGUUACGUUACAAUGCUCUUUGAAUAGUUGCUUCCAAUAUUGUAUCAGCAGUCUAGCAUUUGACGCUCCUACAGUACAAUGCUGUCAUCAUGUAUGAUAUAUAUAUAUCAGAAUCAGGGUCAAUUAAGAACACAAACCCAAGAGUUACAGUAAGUGGAAAUAUAUGUGUAUAAUCACUUCCCAAAGAGGAAAUUUAUGGGGAGAAUUCAUUCUUUCCUAGAAAUUUGUAGAACACAAACAUUAUACAUUAUUUAUAAAAGAAGUACGUUAACAUUGCUGUUUCCAUUAUUAAUGAAAUACUUUCCAAUAUAAAUUAAUUCGCAUAAUAAUAAUAAUGAUUCUUUUUCUUGGUUAAAACAAAGUGACUAAAAAUAAAGACUAGCUUUUCCAGCUUCAGCAGGUGAUCACAAGGUGGCAGCAUUCAGUAGACCUCUACCACAUCAGGUCAGCAUCUGUGCUCUUAGUAGUAAGUUACAGCAAAGUAAAGUUAGACAUAGAAGAGCAGAAAAGAGAAUUAAUGUCUUUUUUUGUGUGACACAUAAAGUAUGCUCAUAGGGAAAAUGCUGCCUUUGGUAAACACAUUUCAACUUAUUACGAAUCAGUUUGUUACAAACAAGGGACAUACGAUUUAGCUCUAACUAAGUUUCUUCAUUUUAUUUAGUCCAACACACAGUUUACCUGUGUGUUACGGUUUCUGCUAUGAUUGUUUUCAACACUGAGAAGGUGAAGGCAGAGGCUGGAAUGCUGAAACCGAUCCUGUGAGCAGAGGGAGGAGCAAAAGGUUGUUUAUAACCCAGCAUGUUUAACUUCCUUCCGAAUCAUUGUGUGCUCGACCGAGGAACCAGCCAUGGGACUGCUGCUACCGAUCAUCCUAAGCUGUCUCGCAGCUCUCAUAGCAGGACUGUACGUUCUCGGGGUGUUUCGUCAGCGACGACCAGGAGAGCCCCCUUUGGAUAAAGGCCUUGUUCCCUGGCUUGGUCAUGUCUUCGAGUUUCGCAGGAACACCUUCAAGUUUCUGCAAAGGAUGAAGCAAAAACAUGGAGACGUGUUCACCGUCCAGAUGGGUGGAUUUUAUUUCACAUUCCUGCAGGAUCCGAUGUCAUUUGGGGCAUUUGUUAAAGAGACUCGAGAGAAGCUGGAUUUUGUCAAAUUUGCAGUCCAUCUGGUGCGCAGAGUGUUUGGGUAUGUUGCCAUAGAAAAUGAUCACCACCUACUUGAGGUAUCCAGCAAUAAGCACCUGAAAGGGGACGGUCUGGGGGUUAUGACACAAGCCAUGAUGAGCAAUUUGCAGAACCUUAUGCUGCACAACAUCAACUCAGAUGGAGAACAAAAGACCUGGAUAGAAGACGGGCUGUUUAUGUACUGCUACAAUAUUGUUUUCAGAGCUGGCUACUUGUCUCUCUAUGGAAAUGUUCCCAGCAAGUCAGUGGAAAGUGAGGAAAAAGCCAAAGAGAAAGACAGAGCUGAAUCAGAAGCCUUAUUUUACGAGUUUCGGAAAUAUGACCAACUCUUCCCCAACCUGGCUUAUGGGAUCCUGUCUCCAAAGCAAAGAGCUGAAGCAAACAGCCUAAUGAAUUACUUCUGGAAAACGCUGUCAGUGCAGAAGAUAAAGGCCAAGGACAACAUCAGUCGCUGGGUGGGGGACAUGCAGCAAGCUAGAGAGGAGCUGGGUAUGGAAGAGUCAAUGAUAAACAAGUACAUGUUUCUUCUGCUGUGGGCCUCUCAGGGCAACACAGGCCCCUCUUCAUUUUGGCUGCUCCUCUUCCUCAUGAAGCACCCAGAAGCAAUGAAAGCUGUAAAGGAAGAGGUAGAUAGGCUUGUGAAGGAAAGUGGACAAGAAGUGAAGCCUGGUGGCCCUUUGAUCGACCUCACUCGUGAAAUGCUGACAAAGACUCCAGUCCUGGACAGUGCAGUGGAGGAGACUUUGCGCCUCACUGCUGCACCUCUUCUAACGAGGGCAGUGCUCAAGGACAUGACCCUGAAGAUGGCCGACGGCCGCGAAUACCUGAUUCGUGAGGGUGACAGACUGGCAAUGUUCCCUUACAUUGAUGUUCAUGUUGACCCUGAGAUCCAUCCUGAGCCACAUUCAUUUAAGUAUGACCGCUUCCUAAAUCCAAACGGAACCAGGAAAACAGAUUUUUACAAAGCAGGGAAGAAGGUGAAGUACUACACCAUGCCCUGGGGUGCAGGGGUGUCCAUGUGCCCCGGACGUUUCUUUGCCACCAAUGAGCUGAAACAGUUUGCUUUCCUCAUGCUGGUCUACUUUGACUUUGAGCUGAAGAAUCCUGAUGAGAAGAUCCCUGAAAUUGACUUCAAGAGAUGGGGUUUUGGAUCGAUGCAGCCUCUGAAUGAUAUCAAGUUUCGAUACCGACUUAGAUAUUAAACUACUCAUUCAUUCUGGGGGUAAUCAAAAUCUGUAAUCAUUUGUUGUAUUUACAAGAAAUCCUGUCAUUCAAUUGUACAUUUUUUUACAUUUCAGUGUUACAAUGUGAUAAGCUCAAAAUAGUUGUUGCUCACAAAUUUAAAGUUUUCUUGUUCUGCAACAUGUGAUUUACCACACACCACUUGGUUCUUUUUCAUCAUCAUUUUUUUUUGGCAAUAGGCUUAAACAAGAGAUUUCAGUAAGCAACAGUGUGCAAGUAUCAUAUGCAUUAUUUCAAAUGUAAACAAUUCAAUUCAUCUGAUGUGUCAUUGAUGAUUAUACACAACUUGAUGCAACAAACAGCAGUGAUUCAUAGCAAGGAAACCAUUGAACACAUACAGUUUUUUUCUGUAUUCACACAACACAUGUUUCUUUUCAAUCUGCACAGUUUUAAAAUGUAAUUACUCAACCUUUAUGUGAAGCUUCACACUUAUCUUUGCAAUAAAAACAGGCUGGAUAAACAAAUAAUGCACAAUAGCCACUAUGUCUUUGUUGUUUUAAAGAAAA